AUGGCCCCUGGAAGAUCUCCAGUCACUUCUCCGGCUCCCUCCUCCUCCGCUUCCCAACCUGCAGUUCAUACUGGUGUUCGCCUAACUCGGUCUCGUACAGCCUCUGCGCAUCCCUCAGUUGCUGCUAAUCCUCUGGAUCUCUCUGUCCUUAGUGGCAUUCAGCAGCAGUUGCAGACUCUUUCAGACCUAUUUGCCCGGGAGCAAUCCUCCCGUUUUGAAUACCAGAAUAAUGUUGACUGCAACUUGGAUGAAAUUCGUCGAGCUCUAUGGGGUUUUUCUGACUCCUCUACAGACACCUCGGCUCCUCUUGGGUCGGCUCCUCCCUCUGCAGCUCCACCAACCACUGAACGUGCUCUCGGUGGUGAAGAUCUUACCACUCACGGCGUCCAAACCCAUUCUGCUCCGGAUUUGGAGGCCCCCGUUUCUGUUUCAGAAGCCCCCGCUUAUCUGCAAACUGAUGUUGCAUCCAACGUGCAACCAGAUUCCUCUCGGCCGGUUUCUUCUCGGUCUGAUGCUUCUCUCCCUGAAGUUCCUCCUGAGAACUAUCCCCCCGCUAUUUCUUCGCUUGUUCAUACAGCGUUCAAAGAUUUUAAGCGUCGGCAUCUGUUGGCAGAUCGUUCGUCUGAUUUUUUGCGAAAGCUCAAAAUGUUCUCUGAUGCAGGUACUCUUCCUAAGAGUCUUCAGUUAAAGCCGCCCAAACUCUCCGUCAAUGACUCCGAAGGCAACUCUUUUCUUGCCUCUGAAUUUGAAAAAAUUCAAGGCGAAGCUAAUCAACGCUUUCUUGAAGCAUACAUCUCUGCAAUUGAGAAAGCUCAUGCGAAUCACGUCAAAGCCAUUGGUGAUAUGGCGGCCUCCUUCGCAAACUCUUUGGCUUCCACCAUUGCUGCGGUCAAAAACCAACCUUAUGUUGGUUCCUUCUCAGUCCCUGCAGACGCCUGGCUCACUUCUGCACAAGCAUCUUUCGAUGCUCUCUGCAACAACUUCGUCUGCGAAAAGGCACUCAAAAAGAAUGCUCGUGAUGCUGCAGCUGCCGUCAACCAAGAUGCUCGAGAUGCCGCCAUGGCCGAAGCUGAUCAAAUUCCCAUUGAGAAGUCGGUUGCGGAACUUAUCAACGAGCAGUUAAACAAUAAGUUUAACGCUCUGCAAAAGAAGCUGGAUGCGCUUAUGUCCAAUUCUUCUCCGGCUCCCUUGAAGUCUGCGCUGCGGUCAAAGACCAAGCAGCGUCCUCUUUCUGCAGCUCAACAUCCGGUGGUAUCUCCCUCGGCCAAAGGUCUUCAUGCGCCUCGUCCACAGCGAUCGAAUUCUCCUCGGCGCCCACAUGCUCCUCGGCGCCAACCCGCUACACGGCCCCCGCCCGCUCCUCACUCGCCCGUUGUUCAAACUUCGGUGCACACUCCUCCGGAUGGCACUUCGCCCGACUGUGGACCUUCUUCCAGCGCUCAACCUGCACCUCGGCCAAAAAACGGACCCAGCCCGGGGAGAAAGGCCAAGAACCGCACAUUGCCUGUCUCUGGGCCAUUGCUCUCAAAGCCGAAGUUCGGCCCUCCUCCUCCACGCUCUGUUCGAUUUGCCGAACCUCUUGCAUCCUCCGGUCCAAGCGGCUCCUCCGCUCAAGCUCGCGGUCGAUCCCCUGCUCGGUUUCCAAAUCAGCAUGUUGGCUUCCCCCGAGGACGAAGCAGGAGCAGAAGCAACGAUCAGUCAUUAUCCCGCGGUUUCACGCGCGGGUUCGCUUCCGCCUAA